ACCUCGAUUUUGGUCAUGAACCAGGCUGAAGACAGCGCUAUCAAGAAGUAUUCAAAUGUGGGGAAGCAAGCGGGAGAGAAAUUCGGCGCAGCACGAGACGAAACUCAGGUGCAUCGGAUCGGGCUUGUCCUGCGUGGCUUAUCCCGGAAACAAACAAAAACGGGAUUUUCCACGCGUAUUUGGGUUGGAACUAAUUGCGGAAAAGCGCACAGUCGCAGUUUACAGUUGCACGUUCUCAUCCAAAUUAUCUCUGAAAGAAGACUCCUCAUCGCGCAUGCGAGCGUGAAAGACAUGGACAUCUUCAAGGGCAAGACGCUUGUGCUUAAGGAUGGCAGCGAGCACCAAGCAGAGAAGGCUCUUGGCGAUGCCAAAGCCGUGGCCCUGUACUUCUCAGCCCAUUGGUGCCCGCCAUGCCGCAUGUUCACGCCAGUACUGGCCGAAGCGUACAAGGAAAUGAAGGAGGAGUGCGCGGCACCUAUCGAAGUUGUCUUCAUCUCGUCGGACCGCUCCAAUGCAGACAUGCUGAAAUACAUGGAAGAGAGCCAUGGGGCGUGGUACGCCAUUAAGCACGGCGACACAUUCCAACAGGAGCUGAAAACCAAGUAUGGCGUCAGCAGUAUUCCCACCCUCAUCAUCAUCAAGAGGGACGGCACUGUGAUAACUGCGAACGGACGCGCUGACAUACAAGCCGAGGGGCCAAGAGCCUUUGUCAAGUGGGCCGGUGCAGCAUAGGAUUGCCAAGCUCGCCCGCCUCUUCGCACUGUAGGCAUUUGCCUUAGAAGCUAGACCUGCUAGCUCUCUUAACAUUUGUGCUUCCAACCUAGCUCUCUAUUAGUUACUGUUGCAAAAACAAAACAAAAUAUUGUUUUUCUGGUUCGCCAGUUGUUUACAGCUCAAAAGUAUACACGCUGCUAAAAUUAUUUACAUUUCUUUUUUAUCAGUGUCUGGGUUGUAUAGUACACACUGCUAAGGACUCCUUUAUCCGUCUGUGGUUUAUAUUAUACAUUAGAUACAUCUUCAAUACUAACCUCACAUUCUUUUUUACCCGGUGUCUAUUGCGUUCCCGGUUUAACAAGCAGAUGUAGUGUUCUUUUGCAAAUGCAUCAAUGUGAAUAUACAUUGCAGCAACUUAGUGAUAGCUGAAUUUUUUUUUUUUUUUUUUUUUUUUGCAUGGCUCUCAAGCAUUGUACAGAGCUGCCAUGGAUAUUCAGGGUGGUGUUGUUGCUGGUGAUAGUGAGGCGGGAUUUUUAAAAUGGACAGACAUCGGAUCAGCACGUGAAUUUUAUGAAGCCUCCAAUGCAGGUGAAAAAUAUCGACAUAAAAUGCAUUUGCGAUUGCAGAUAUGUUUAUGUUGAAAAGUUGCAACUUCCGUUAUUUGGAUGAACCUGUUAUACAUGGCACAGUUGGGAGUGGGUGAAUUGCACCACCUAAAAGAAAUUAAUUUUCCUUUUGCGCAGGCAGUAUCGCUCAUUUUUUGUAGUCGUACUGUCAUGGUUUUGUGUCAUGCAUCAAGUCACCCUGUUAUGUGAAUUCAUGUGCAACUGGAACAAAUUGCAUUGUGUCCGCUGGCCCAGCCAACCGGAGCACACUGAAAGUGAUAACCCCAAAAGUGGUUGUUCAAUGAUGAGGGCAGAUUUAUGUUGCACCACUGAAAAAAGGGGUCCUUAAAGAUAUGUUGUCGGUCUGUUUAAGUACUUACGUGUAGAAGGAUGCUGUGGUUAAUUUUUAUUCAGGCUUUCGUCGUGCAAUACUUUUUUUUUCCUUUCGUAAAAUAAUAUUUUUACAUGUUGCAAGUAUUCUGCCUUACCUUUCAAAAGUAUAUUUUAUGUGUUGCGUGCCACUACCCAAACUAGCCCAAAGACGCUGUUUUGCAUAGCUAUUCAGAGUAUAAUAUAUAUAUAUAUCUUUGUGGUACUAUACUAUAUUGUUUCAGCGAAUUAAUGUAUGCCUGUCUAACUUUACGACCAGUACCAAACCUGAUUUAUUUAACCCAAAGAAAUUGCUCCCUUAAUUUCAUCACUUUGACAUCCAACCUUCUUAUUUUAUUUUUUUCACUGCAUAUUAUAUAAUGUACUUUCACAGGCUAAAUAAACUCUUUGGCAAACCAC